AUGGUUUGUGUUGAUUGGCCUGAUCGUCCUGCUGGGGUAAAAUUUGAUCCAUCCGAUGUUGAGCUGUUAGAACAUUUCGCAGCGAAAAGUGGGGUUGGGAGAGCUAAAAAAGAUGGAACUAGCGUUCACUUCUUUUACAGAAUCACAAAUGCAUAUGCCAGUGGGCAGCGCAAACGUCGAAGGAUACAAAACCAAGAAAAUGUGAUAAAUGUGCACAAAACCGGAAUAACCAAAGCAGACGAGAAUGUCGGGGUCUCAAAAAUCUUUUACCAGCCACACAAGGACAAAUUGACUGAAGAAUGUAAUAUAGCCACAGCUCAACUCAUCCCAAACGCUCCUUUCACAACUGAUUCUUACCCUCCUCGACUGGAGAAUUACUUCUCCACUGAUUAUUUCACCCAGUUAUUUCUCCAGGGUAAGGAGUAUUCAAAGGAGCCACCUCAUCAUCGUUCAUUUGAUUCUGGCACUAACAAUGAAAUCGGUUAUGCAACCAGCUUGGAUGAAAACUCUGAAGUUGCUGAUUUAAGUCGAGCGGAUUCCCUAUUGUGUGACAAGAUAAUUCAUUCAUACACAAAUUUGGAUGAUUUGAAACCAAAUAUCCCCUCCUUGACUCAAGCUGGUUUCGAUGUAAGCAGUUCGUAUCAGAAAUAUGGAAAUGCUUCGCAUGAUAUUAGUGAUCUCAACAACUUAUUGCUCGAUACUCUACCAGAUUUUUAG